AAACCCCACCGAAGAGAAGGGAAACAUCAAUCUACUGUUGCUGUCUCCGCUUAGUUAUCUCGCAUGAAAUAUAUAUAUAGAAACCUUGAAUAACCACAACGUAGCUACUAUCUUGAAGAUUGAAUGUUCAACAUGGGUUACAAUAAAUUCAGAGUCAACGCAACUCGGAAGAUGUCGAAGACGUUAGCCUUGACCGUUCUAACCUGUUUGUCGUUCUGCAUCAGUGUUUGCAGGGCAGAGGAUAGUGCCAUGGAGAACAUCGUAACAGAGAGGAAGGUUGAAGAUAACCACAGACAAGACAGUGCCGACCUGCUGAUUUUCAUCAUGCUCCUAACCCUCACGAUUUUAACUAUUUGGUUAUUCAAGCACCGUCGUUUCAGGUUUUUGCAUGAAACGGGACUAGCUAUGAUCUAUGGUGUGCUGGUUGGUGUGGUCCUGCGCUAUGGUAUCCACGUACCCCGUGACAUUAGUAACGUCACCCUCAGUUGUCAUGUCAACGCCAGCCCGCCCACACUGCUCGUCAACGUCAGUGGCAAGUUCUACGAGUACAGUCUGAAGGGUGAGAUCAGCCCCUCUGAGAUCAAUGAUGUACAAGACAACGAGAUGCUUCGCAAGGUGACCUUUGACCCUGAAGUGUUCUUUAACAUCCUCCUGCCCCCCAUCAUCUUCCAUGCCGGCUACAGUCUGAAGAGGAGACACUUCUUCAGGAACAUGGGAUCCAUCCUAGCCUAUGCCUUUCUGGGAACAGUCAUAUCAUGUUUCAUCAUUGGGUUACUGAUGUAUGGCUGUGUCACGCUGAUGAAGCAAGUGGGACAGCUUGACGGGGACUUCUUCUUCACUGACUGCCUGUUGUUUGGAGCCAUUGUCUCUGCUACUGACCCCGUGACGGUGCUGGCCAUCUUCAACGAGCUGCAGGUGGACGUGGAUCUGUACGUUCUGCUGUUUGGAGAGAGCGUUCUCAAUGACGCCGUGGCCGUGGUGCUGUCCUCGUCCAUUGUGGCAUACCAGCCGGAGGGGGACAACAGUCACACCUUUGAUGUGAUGGCCAUGUUGAAGUCCUUCGGGGUGUUCCUGGGUGUUUUCAGUGGAUCCUUCGCCCUGGGUGUGGCCACCGGUGUCAUGACAGCACUCGUCACUAAGUUCACUAAGCUGAGAGACUUCCAUCUCCUGGAGACAGCUCUCUUCUUCCUCAUGUCCUGGAGCACCUUCUUAAUGGCUGAGGCCUGUGGCUUCACAGGUGUGGUGGCGGUGCUGUUCUGUGGGAUCACUCAGGCUCACUACACCUUCAACAACCUGUCCCCUGAGUCUCAGGACAGGACCAAACAGUUGUUUGAGCUGCUGAACUUCCUGGCGGAGAAUUUCAUCUUCUCCUACAUGGGUCUGGCGCUGUUCACCUUCAAGAACCACAUCUUCAACCCCACCUUUAUUGUCGGGGCUUUCCUGGCAGUGUUCUUGGGAAGAGCAGCCAACAUCUACCCCCUGUCCUUCCUGCUCAACCUGGGACGCAGGAACAAGAUCAGCUCCAACUUCCAACACAUGAUGAUGUUUGCUGGUCUGCGCGGAGCAAUGACCUUUGCCCUUUCCAUCCGGGACACGGCUACGUACGCCCGUCAGAUGAUGUUCACCACCACCCUCCUCAUCGUCUUCUUCACCGUGUGGGUCUGUGGAGGGGGAACCACUCAGAUGCUCUCCUGCCAGCAUAUACGUGUUGGAGUCGAUUCGGACGCAGAUAACACAAUGAGCAUGACAGAUGGAUCAGAGCGGCGGAACACCAAACACGAGAGUGCCUGGCUCUUCAGGAUCUGGUACAACUUUGACCACAACUACCUGAAGCCCAUCCUGACCCACAGUGGCCCCCCACUCACUGUCACCAUGCCUGCCUGCUGUGGACCGCUGGCCAGAUGUCUCACCAGCCCACAGGCCUAUGAGAACGAGUGCCAGCUGAAGGACGACGACUCAGACCUCAUCCUGACGGACGGGGACAUCAGCCUGACCUACGGUGACAUCACUGUGAGCACAGACGCCAGCGGCGCCCACACCAGUGCCGGGCCCGCGGGCACCACCUCCGCCGUCAUCUCUGCUGACGACCUGGACCGCGAGCUGACGUACGGGGACCACGAGCUGGUAAUGAGGGGUACUCGUCUGGUCCUGCCCAUGGACGACUCCGAGCCCCCGCUCGGCGACCCUCGACACCGUAUGCGGAUGUGAGGCAAAAGAGAGGCCAGCGAGCCAGAUGACCAACUCACUACGUCCUGCUCCCCCGCAGGCUGCAGGAAUUAGAUCAACUAAGAUCAGCAAGAGACUGGUCUCUCUCUCUGUCUCUCUCGCUCUCUCUCUCAUACCGCUCCUCAUCUCUUUCUCUCUCACCCACUGCCUCUCCUCUUUGAGUUUCUCAAGUGGUUAAUCCAUGUCUACCUCAUUAUUGUUUGUUCAUUUCUAUACUCCUGUCGCCAUCAUUCUAAUAUGAAUUAUUUAUUCAUGUAUCCUUUUCUUUUGAUUCGGUUAAACCGAUAUCUUUUCUACAGUUUGUCUUCUAACAGGACCACACUGAAAUCACGUGGCAAUCUGCUCACCGUAGCCCUGCAGCGUCGUCUAUACGCAUGCAUUAGUCUGUAUGUGGAGGUCACAGUGCAACAGCUAGCUUAGCUAAUACCAUUUGUCUCUGUAUCACAGGGUGCAUAAUACCGUUUUUUUUUUAUGCCUGGGGAGUGGGGAGGUCGAGGGGCUGACUGAGUUUUGUAGCCCUGUUUUGGGGUCUGAUUCUGAAUGUUGCUGCCUUCUCUGUGUGAUCCAAGGGAUGCUGGCUGACUUAUUGGCUCGGCGUUGCAUUGUGUUGCUAUGCAUACGGUUAGAAUCAAGUGCCUGAGUGAACACUAGUUUAUGUUCCCUUUUUAGAAGUGAUACACUCCUCCGUCCACUGGGUGGCGACCUCUCUACGGUUGACAGGCUGCCUGCGUUUUGAGCCAUUGCUCUGUAGAUAGUUAAAGAUGUUCUAGCCUGGUUCAACCAAGUUAACAAUGUAAUUCAGCUCGCUCUGUGUAACCUAGCACAAGUCUUGGAUCUCCCACAAUGACCUCAGACUGUGACUUUGGGAGGGUUUGACACCUUCUUUUAGAAGCUGAUGUCACUCACCACAGAAGCAGAACGAAGGGCUGUCGUUUCGAGUACGAGUUCUAGAUCUCCCGUAUGGUGAAAGUUGGUGCCAUUCCUCCUCCAUUGACGUUUGAUGAAAAUUGAGUGCAGGCAGCCUGAAAAAACUUGAUGUAUUUUGCAACAUACUACAAGUACUUUAGUUACAUCCUCGUUUUCACUGUAAUUCUAAUACUAUUCACGUGUAACAUGGUGUAUAUUUGACAUUAGGGAUUGAAAUGUUACUCAAAUCAAACCGAGUGUGUACUUCUAUCUGGGCUAAGUCUUUGCUUCCUAUUGGCUAAGAUCUAUCUGCUUUAGUUACAGGAGUAGUAGCGGGAACAUGUUACAGUAGCUCAUAAUUAAGGAUCUAAUCUGCUUUGUUUUUGGCAAAUUUAUCUGGAUAAACAUUCAUUUCUUAUUCAAUUCUAUUUCAAAUCGAAUUUCCUUGGUUGGAUUAUUUAUGGAAAUGGCCUGAGUAUGUCCAUGUCAAACAUUGUUGAGGUGCUGCAGCUCCACUAUGUAGUGGACCUCAGUUCAACUGUUAACUGCCUUGAGUUAUUGACUAUGCUGUCCCUGGUACUGUAUAACGUGACAAAGGAUUGGUACAUACUAUCAGAAACAACUUGAAUAGGCCAGUUGGAAUCAUAACAUUUUGAGUUUAAAUGAUCCAAAACCACAGACAUAUAUUUGUUAUUGAAAUGCUAUGAAGAUAUGUUUCAAGCAAUCAUUUCUGUGUUUCUAUGAUUCAGAGUAGAUAUGUAGACAAAAGCUGGUAGGGAUCAGUUGAAGAAAACGAAAUGGUUGUAGAAAAAUGUAUGUGUGCAAUACUUUAUUUGUGUAAAAUAAUCAUACAAUAGGUUAUAUUAGAGUCUAACGUAUCCUAUAUGCCUCGCGCUACAAUGUAUGGGGGCUGGAUUGAUUUAUAGCUGAUGUCUGGUACCAGAGUAGCUCCUUUGAGCUCCUUGGCUAUAUGGGGGUUUGCUCUGUGACUGGUCUGGGAUCAGUGGUGGCUGUUAAUGUGGUGUAGCAGGAAGUGUUGACAGGGCACCACCCUGACGACGCACUGUUGAUGUGGAUGGAAUCAGGCCCUGUGCCAGACAGCAUUACAGAGGGGGGGGGGGGCAGAGUAGGAGGGAAGUACACAGAGAGGGACAGGGUAGGAGCAGAGGAAAGGGGAGGUAGAGAGAGAAAUAGUAGACAUUCUACCUAUAUUCAAUGUUAUUGACUUUCGCACCUGGGGAGGGAGGGGCAGAGGAGGGCAGUGUACCACUCAGUGUUAUCUCCUGUUGUGCAGGAACCUCUGACGGCGUGUGGUCUCCUCUUUUUGCCUUUUUUAUCAAGCCUGCCUCUCGACACCACAAUGUGCAGGAAAUGAUUUUUUUCUUCCCACCAUUUUAUAUAUAGUUUUUUUUCCUCUAUUUUGUUUAUUCUUGAUGAAGAAGGGAAAUAAGGCGAGUGUCGGGGAUGGCGCAGCAUUUGCACUUGUCUUUUAAGAAACCUUUGUUUGAGUUAGAUUUGUCUUGUAAGUUCCAUUGGUCGUGUUUGUGUUGCUGUUUUUAACUGGCUUUUGUUGGGGUUAUGAAGGAAUUGACAUGAAUCCUGUGAACUAUGAUUUUUAGUAGAAACUCAUGGAGUCAUGUCAUAACUGUCGGAGGUCACGAACUGAAGGGUGGUAUCCAUUGAUGUACAGGUUGUUAUGAUCUAUGUAACCAAGAGUAACAAGAUUGGCCUCCUUGCUUUUCCAUGCCAUUGACUCUGACUCCGUCUUCACUUUAAGGAAAAAAGAAAUCAAGCAAGAUCAUGACUGUGUACCAGUCUAUAACUAACAUAUGAAGUAAUGUCAAAAAAAGACCCAUUAUAGGUCACCUUAUACCUUGCCUGUACUGUUCUUACAGUAUGUGUUCUAUUGUUUUGAACGAUGAAUGGUAACUUGUAAUUAACAUGUUGACACUAGUCUGAAGUAGCUGACCAAAGGGGCUUGUUGUACUCUGUGUUUUCAGACUGUCCGAUGUGUUUAUACUGCUACUUCGCUGUGUGUGUCACACUGUGCUUCCUAAGUGUUGCAGGUACUGACUGUUUACAUCUCUGUAAAUAUUCUCACCUGUUCAAGUUGCGUGCAAUGGUCAAUAAACAAAGCCUGUGCUUUUGAUUGAA